AAGCAGGAAGAUUUCUGCAUUAUUUUUUUCCUUUUUUUCGGAUUUAAUUUCUCCUUUUUUUUUCUCUUUUUUUUGCCCUCUCGUUCUACGUAAUAAUGUAAUUCCCGUCAGAAUCUCGAACCUCGAUCGGACCUCCAUAUCCUCGUCCCCCACGCGGUCUCCACCACCGUCGCCGUCGCCGUCGCCGUCGCCGUCGCCGUCGCCGUCGAUGAAGAGCAGAAACUCACUUCCCUACCACGACCUGGGCACUCCGAAGGGCUGGACCUCGGAGCGCGUCCCGUCCGGCGCCGCCGCCGCCGCCGCCGCGAGCAGAGCCCACGUUAACCCCGCCUCGUCGCCUUCCUUCUCGCCCUUCAACAGCAACCGGACCUUGCCUUCCAAAUGGGAGGACGCCGAGCGGUGGAUUUGCAGCCCCGUCUCCGUCAAGAACUCGCACCUCGCCGCCCACCCCAACGGCCACGGCCCCCAGCGGCGGCCCAAGUCGAAGAGCGGGCCGCUGGGCCUGCCCGGGUACUACCCCUCCUACUCCCCGUGCGUCGACGGGUGGAACGGGCGGAGCUUCGCAGUGGGGUCGCCGUUCUCGACGGGCGUGAUGGUGGCCGACGAAGGGGUGAUGGGCUGCGUCGGCGUGCCGGCCGAGAAGGGUGGUAGCGAUGGCAAUGUGAGUCGGUCUGCUAGUGGCCUUGAGUGGCCGGAGAUGGUGGAUGAGAAAUUCGAUUGUGCCGAGGAUAACGAAAAUGGGGUUUCUCGCGCUGUCUCGCGAAGGGACAUGGCAACUCAGAUGAGCCCGAAUAGUAGCCCCUGCUCGUCUCCCAAAACCAGGCCUUCUAAUUGCCAACCCCCUCCAUCCCAGAGAUUGCAAUCCGAGCAGUUGGAAGUGCGGGACGUGGGAAUAGACAAGCGGGCAACCAUAAUCAAUUGGUCCAGGAAGCACGCUGUGAGAUUCUCUAGAAAGGGCGGGCGAGGUGUCGAGGAAUCGAAUAGAUUUGGUGAAGGGGAAGCUCAAGGGUCAUCUUGGGACAUGGUGGAGGCCACGAAGAACAUGGCCACGAAGAACAUGUCCUGGUUGCAGAGGGAUGAAGCAAAGAUCACAGCCUGGGAAAAUCUACAGAAGGCAAAAGCAGAAGCAGCAAUAAAGAAACUAGAGAUGAAACUGGAAAAGAAGCGAUCCACAGGGAUGGACAGGAUCUAUAACAAACUGAGGACGGCUGAGGUUAGGGCUCAAGAAAUGAGAAGCUCGGUCUCACAGCGCCAUCAAGAUUCCAAGGCUUCCCAGAAGAACAUAAUCUUUCGCAGGCCUUUCCGGGUGAAUUCCUUCAGGAAUUGCUUGCGCUGCCACGAACUGUAGCUUCAACCGAAUCAACUCAAGAUGAUACCUUGCUCAAGUCCUAUCUUAUUAAACUUGCACAUCCCCGACCAGGUCUGUUUCUUCUUCUUCUGUUCAAUUUCUGUCUUUCCCAAAGCUUUAGGUUGUUCCUUUCACCAAGACUGGCUAGCUAUAUGUGUUCGCAGAUUUUUUUCUCUUAUAUGUUGUAUGAUAUAUGAUGUAAUACUGUUUGAUACAUGUAAAGCAACGAGCAUCGAAAUAUCAUCACUCGGCAUAAUGUUACUAUUCUGCUUUC